AGUGGUUUGAGUGAAAAACCAGGAUGGAGACAGGCGCCGAUUGGCUCCCGCGCCUCGAAAGGAGGGUAUAAAACGAUGAGGUCGGCGUUGUUGUGUUUACAGUAAUAUCACAGUGCGCACGGGAAACAGGGAGACUAUGAGAAAGCGCAGCUGCUCCAUUCAACCACAUGGUUCCUCAACCGCACAGACAAGCUGCGCUGUAGACAGCCGGGCUCACAUAGGAGACUCGCAACGGCGACUGUUGAGCCUCGCAGGGAGAAUUUUCAGCCGCACGGGCAGUUGAGAGCUGAUCCGGGAGGCGCGCCGGCAAAAGUUCCGACACUCGGAAGUCUCUUCAGGCAAAACGGAGCGAACUCAAAAGAAAGACAGAAGAAACUUGGAUGAACUUUUAUUUCUUAAGAUUUGCUUCCAACUCAUAGCUGAGGAGAUUUCCCCCCCACUUCUCUUCUUGGCGCAUAAACUUUGUCACUGACUGAGCGCUUCCAGACUGGAGGAGGAAAUGGUGCAGCACAUGAGCCACACAGAGAGCACCCACGCUCACUCCCCCGGCGGGGACUCCACGGACACGGGAGACAUGGACCUGGAGAUGGACGCUUCUCCGGCCCCGGAGGGCUCCCCCUCCUCCCGGGAGCGCAGCGACCUGGCGUGGUGCAAAACUCCGACCGGCCACAUCAAGAGACCCAUGAACGCGUUCAUGGUGUGGUCGCAGAUCGAGAGGAGGAAGAUCAUGGAGCAGUCUCCGGACAUGCACAACGCCGAGAUCUCCAAGCGGCUUGGGAAGCGCUGGAAGCUGCUGAAGGACACGGACAAGAUCCCGUUCAUCCGCGAGGCGGAGAGGCUGCGGCUGAAACACAUGGCCGACUACCCGGACUACAAGUACAGACCCAGGAAGAAGGUCAAGUCCGGGAGCGCGGCGGGCAAGCAGGCGGAUCGCGGGGAGAAGAGCGGGGAGCGCGGCGCCAAAGCCGGCGGCGGUGGUAAGAGGAGCCCCGCGUCCAAAUCCGCGAGCAGGACGCUGAAACAGGGGAGCAGCAAGAGCGCUGCGGUGCAAGAGUACGCCUCCGCGGCGUUUAAAUCCAGGUCGGCGUCCGGGGCCAGGCAGAUCCCGGAGAAGCGCUCGGGUUCGGGGGAGGCGAGGCGCUCCCACGUGUUCGGCGGGACGGGCAGCAUGGAGAGCGGGCCUCCCUCCGUGGGCGUCCCGGCCAGUCCCACCCUGAGCAGCUCGGCGGAGUCCAGCGACCCGCUCAGCCUGUACGAGGAGCACAGCCCCGGCUCCACCGCGCGCCUCAGGUACGCACGCGCCUCCUCCCCGACGCCGUCCGCCUCGCACUCGUCCUCCUCCGUCUCCUCCGCGUCGUCGGACGAGGAGUUCGAAGACGAGCGGCUCGACCUGAACCCAAGCCCCGGCUUCGAGAGCACCUCUCUGGGCGGGAUGGGCUUCUCCGACGCGGAGCUGGACCGGGACUUGGACUGGGGCUUCGGGGAGUGCGGGGCGGGAUCCCACUUCGACUUCUCCGACUACUGCACUCCGGAGGUCACCGAGAUGAUCUCGGGAGAGUGGCUGGAGUCCACCAUCUCCAACCUGGUGUUCACCUACUGAAUCAGCCCCCCUCUUCCCUCCCACGUAUGAACUCUUCUAUCCCUCUACAAGACAAGAUAAGAAGAUUUCCGCCAUUUUUUCCACUUUUGAAUAAAUAAGAGUGAAUAAAGGAAAGAAAAAGAGGUGGCCUGCGUGCGCGGUGAAGCCCAGGUAUGCGGCGCUCAGACUUGGACAGCGCUCAGUGGCGCUUGACUGGAGGAAAUGCUUAGUUUGCAUUUGGAGAGGAGGAGGUAUGGAAUGUCAAACGUGCCACAAUUCAAUACAUAAGGAAGUUGGUAAAUAAAAAUCUAUAUACGUGAUCAUUUUAAACAGUAAAAAUAGAUACGUUAAAUAAGUAGGUAAGUGCAUCUGUGACAUAUUAAGUUGUUUCAGUAAAAUCAUUUAAAUGUGAUUAAAUGUAUCAAAGGAUUAAAAUCGGUUUUCUAAAACCACAUAUAGUUCAGGUGUUUGUAAUCAUUUCACAAUCCUGUGCUGUAGUAGAUGGAGAAUUUACCUUUAUGUGUCAGCCUCGCCCAACAGUCAGUAGGCGGGGCUAACACUGCUUCAGGCAAAAUGAUUGGUCGGCAGUUGAGCUGUUGUGCAAGGUAAACAAUCAAAUUUCAGCUGGCGAGUUAUAGUCACAGUUUAAAUUAUUGCAGUGCCAUAAACGUGUAACAUUUAAAAACCAUGUAUUUAAGUUUUAAUUAUUGAGAGCUUUUAAUUAUGGGUGCAUUUAAUGAUUUGUUGUCACAUUCAUCUUUAAAGAUAUUUAUGUUAAUUAUUUAAUGUAUUUAUCAUGGCAUUCUUAAAAUUAUCAUGUAUAUAAUAUUUAUUUAGAAAAUGUAUUUAUUUAUUGGAUUGUGGCACUUUUGGCCCUCCCUAUUGAGGAGGAGUGAAUGUAAGCAGAGGAGCUGCAGAUGUUUAACUCGUUCCAUGCAGGAUGAGGACUGAGACUGAACUUUUUGAGUCACCGUAAGAAAUUUUCUUUUCUUUCGUUUUCUUUUUCUUUUUUUGGAACACUUGGAGAGCUCUUGUGUUUGGUUGUGUUUUCUAAGAUAUAGCCAAUCCACACUGACCAUCACGUUCUGGACAUUUUUCUUCUCCUCAAAACUCAAUAUUUGUAGUGUGAACACGCAUGCUCUCCAGGAAGAGGAGGAAUUUUCUUAUUUAAUGCGUGAAACGAGACAAAAAAAUGUUUGUCUUUGCUGCGCAACUACGCAUUUUGUGGGCGCAUAGGACACAAUUCACUAUCACCAGCUUCUCUCUCAACGGCAGGAUUUAAAACAAAGACUGACUUUAAACUUCAGAAACGUAAAAAAAAAACAAACAAAAAAAACACUCAGUGCACAAUUCAGGACCAAUGUUCUGCGCUUUCUCUCUGCCUAGUUCUUCAACUUUGUAGUUCUUGUGUCAGAUAUUCUUUCCAAAUAUGUACAGAGCCGGUCCAAGGUUAUAUUGGGCCCCGGGCAGAAUUUAAUAGGGGGCUCGCUUCCUGUUGAGGUCAUGUGCCCACCAACUACAACAGCAGGUCUCUUUCAUAUUUUCCAUGCUUGAUGCUUUUUUUUUCCCUCAGCAUUUGUUCUCAAACUGGUUUUAACAAAGAGUUUUUUAAAGACACAGUUCUGUUCUUUUGUUUUAUAAACACUGGGUCUUACCUGUUGUAGAAAACUCAUUAAGUAAUUUAAUUUUAAUAUAAAAUGUCACAUAUUUGUUUAUAAGAGCUGGGCAAAGAGUAAAAAGAAGUCCCAAAAAUUUCCAACAAACCAUAAAUCGAUGUCAUGUUUGUAUUGCCUUUACAACAAGCACAUUUUUUAAGCUGUCCUUUAAAAUUUCAUAACAUAGUGGUAUUUUUUUGGGGGGACCCCCGGCCAGCAGGGGGCACCAAGCAACCCACAUACCGCUCAUGCCUUAGCCCGGCUCCGUACAUAUAUUACUAUAUAUAUUGAUGUAUUUAUACUGGCCAAACUUUUUUAUACAUAGAAGUAUUGUUCUCGUACAGGUCUCGUUUGUGUUUGUGCACACACACACACACACCUGUCUGUAUAUCCAGCGGCGGAAGGGCUAAGAAGUGUAUCUUAUUUAACAAAAAAAACCCACACACAAACACACACACACACAAAAAACAGUGUCCGACUCCUCUCACUUUCAAAGAGAUUUUUGAGUGUGUCAUGAUUUUCUACUUGUAUUUUUGUACAAAAUCUAUAAAAGGGGGGGGCAGCCCUGCAGCAUUGUCGUUUGCAUCUACAUUGGUGGUUUGGACGUGCAGAGGGGGCACAAUCUGACCUCACACAGUGUUUACAGUAUUUACCCACAUGCUUCUUAAAUGGCACAGUGACUCCAGCUACACCAGCCGAGUAAACAAAGCGCCGCCGAGGCUCCUCCUGACUGUGUUUUCCAGUCCACGCGUACUCAAAACACACUCAAACCUGAAGUCUCAAAGUGAAAGAUCCCAGAUAAAGAGUCACUGUUUGGAUAGAGCUAAUACCUCUGUGUGCUUGGUUUGUUUUUUUUAUAUAUAUAUAUUUGGAGAUAAGUUUUAUUUGAACCACUGGACUCAUUCCAAUUUUGCCUAGACUUUGGAGGGAGGAGGAAAUGUUUUUGAAGUGCUUCAUCUGUUAUUGCGCAAAUUGCAUCAAAAAAUAGUAUUUAACCUUUUUCUGUACCUGUUGGCUACGUAUAGCAGGCUAUUUGUUUAUUUUUUUUUGUUUGUUUGUUUUUUUUUAUAUUAUGGCAUGGCAAAUAGCAUUUGUAUUUCAGAUUCAGGUAUAUGUAGCUAUAGCUGUUGUGUUUAAGAUUUUUAAAAGAAUAACAUGAAGAUAUUUAUGUAAACUGACUGUACUAUAAGCAAAGAUUGUGUGUUUUUAUGUAUCAUGAUCAACGACAGGCACUAGGACGGCCAUCUUUGGUGGAAGAUGAUUGUGGUCCAGGAGUUUCCUUUAAAAAAAAAAAGAAAAAAAGAAAAAAAAAUGAAAGGAAAAAAAAUUCUAUUGUCCUUUUUUUUUCUUUUUCUUUCCCAUUUGUGCAAUAUGUUGUGUUUGAUCAUGUUUUGUCCACUUCAGCCAAGAUCGUUUGAUGUCUUUUGCUCAAAAACCAGCCAACAUUUGGGUCAAUCACUGCCUCUCAGACCUCUGUACAGAUUGUCUUUUUUUAAAAUUUUUCUUUUCUUCCGAGAAGGAAAUAAAAUCAGCUGGAACUGAAAGUG